GUAUAUUUAUCAAUAAUUUUUCAUAUGAAUUUCAUGUAUAUUCUUUUCAUUUUGUACAUGAGUAGGUACAUAUUAAAUCAAGCACAAAGGUCAAAAGUCUUUAUCACUCAGCAAAAUAAACAGUACAAUAAAUAAGGUUAAAAUUAUUUAACAAAUUCGUUGUAUAAGUUGUAAUCUGAAAAUCUACUGAUAACUUUCAGCUUAUAUCAGUAAAAAUCUCCCCUUCCUGAGGCCCAUCUUUCUAAACUAUUGACCUUUUUAUCAACAAAGUUUUAGUAUAAAACGCUGAAAUUUUGUAUUGAUAAUUCACUCUUAAAGCUGGUAUCAGUGCUAAAUACUUACUUAAAAAUACAUACUAAUAUAAAGUUUUUUUGAAAAUGGUUGGUAUCGUAGGUAAAUAUGUAUACGAAAAGAAUGAAGGCUUUGAAGAAUUUAUGAAAAAAGUUGCUGGUACUGCUGGAGCUGAUUUAGCAAAACAUGUUAUUCAAAGCAAACCGACAUUCGAAGUUGGAUUUGCAGAUAACAAGUAUACUAUUACUGUUUUUAAUGGUGAUAAAAGUACAGUUAAUACAUUUGAACUCGAAAAAGAAUUUGAUGAAGUCUUACCACAUGGUGCUACCAGCAAGACUGUUGUCACUAAGAACGGUGAUAAAUUUACCUUUGUCAGUUCAUUCCUUGAAGACAACACCUUAACACGUGUCUAUGAAUUCACAACCGAAGGAGUCACUGUUCACUUGUCCGAAAAGAAAUUUGGAGGAAAAGCUAUACGCUAUUACAAACGUGUUUAAUUCAUUUUUUAAAUCGACAUUAUUAUAAACUAUAUAUUUUUUUUUUGUCAUAUUUAAAAUGAAAUAAACAAUAUUUUUCGAACAAUUGUUAAUUUUUUAUUUAUUUAUUUUUCUUAAAAAUGUUAUUUACCUCAUAAACUGUUCCUCAAAUUUCGUAUAAUAAUAAUAAUCAUAAUAAUAAUAGUAAUAAUAAUAAUAAUAAAGUAUCACAUUAAAUAAAAGGAAAAAAAAAAAAAAUGUGCUAUACACAAAUAUGGGUAUCAACGUGACUUUUUGGAUAAUAACCAACUUGAUCGUUUUUUUUUUUUCUUAUUUUAUAACUUAAUAUUUUACCAUAAUAAUAUUUUUUUAUUUUAUUUUUUUUCCAUUGAUGUUUAAUAAACUUUUUAAUGCAAAUAUAAAAAAAAAAAAAAAAAAUAGAAACACAAAAUAAAUACAUAGUUUAAGCUUAAUUAACUUCUACAAAUGUUUUUUUUUUUUUUUCUUUCUUUUUUUUAUUACUGUUAUAUAUUUUAAGUUGUGAAAUAUUCUUGAGACAAACAUUUCGAUUUGAAGCAAAUUAUUUUUUCGGAAAAAAUAUUAGUCAAUCGAAUUUGUUUAAAUUUUUUUUGUUUUUUUUUAAAUCUAUUUCACCAACUGAACAAUGAUUUUUGUUCGAUUAAUGGAGUCUUGAGAAAUGGGUGUAUAAAAUUAGAAAAUUAAAAAAUGUGAAUAAAAAAGAAGAUACUAAUUUUUUAUCUUGUUUUUUUUUUUUCAUUAUUAAUAUUUAAAAUUCCUUUUGGAUUUGUAAUUUUAGACAAUUGAAUAUUCUUGGACUGUUAACCUGGGUUGCCAUUAAAAUUUGCGUCAAAAGAAAAUUAAAAUUAGCAAAUAUUACUUGUAAAAAAUUUGAAAUUGAUUUAAAAUUUUAAAAAACAAAACAGACAAACAUGAUAAAUUCAGACGUUUGACAGCCCAGGAUGGUUAAUUGAGCACCACAAUAAAAUAAUAUGACUUCUUGAAAUAAUUUGCACUCGAAUCGUAUUUUAUUCGAAAAUUUAAAUUACCACUAUGCCAGUAAUAACAUUUAAAAAAAAAAAAAAAAAAAAAAAGCAAUUAAAUUAUUUACAUUUGGAUUUUCUGAUUCCGUCUAUGAAUUAAUCAUAAUAUAUAUUUUCUUUUCCUUUUUUUUAUUCUUUGCAUUCUAAUGAAAUAGUUCAUUUUUAAUAAGCACAAUUUCAUUACUCUUAAAUCAUUGAAAAGUUUAC